CAGUAGGCGGCCAUCUUGCCUGGAGCCUGGGAGAGAGAGGGAGAGAGAGGAGAGAAGGGUGACACUGGUCUCAGGGCCGCCCCGGGAGCCUCAAGAGCCGGAGGCAGCCCCGGAGGUGGUCCCUGAUCCCGGGUCCUAAUCUUGGACCCGAGAAGGGAAGGCGGGGGGCGGUGGUGGCAGGAGGGGUGGGGAAGCCAGCGAGUAUAGCUAGGCGGUGGGGAGGAGGGGCGUUGCUAUGGUGAUCGGGGAGGGGCGGGGCCAGGUCUGAGUUGCCUUUGUGCGUCAUCAGGGCACUGCCCGGGAAGGGCAGGACUAGGGUGAUGACCAUGCUAAUAACCGGGUGGGAUUUCGCGACGUCCUGGCCUGGAGGGACUCGGUGUCUAAGGCAACGAUCGCCUGGCGGAAGGGGCGGAACUAGAUCUCUUCACUUGAGACGCUGACUUUCCAGGCCCUUGUCCUGCAGGCUCCCGCGGGCGGACACGCCGGAAGAGGAGGCCGGGGAAUGGCCGCGGUGUGGCAGCAGGUUUUAGCAGUAGAUGCGAGACUUCUCUUACCAACAUCACUUCCCCAUUCUGACCCAAUCGCCAUCCCAUACUGAUCCCCACCAUUGCCCCAUAGUAAUCUCCAUCACCAUGUCAGCGUGGCACCUAUUGUCUACCCUAACUCAGUCAACCCAUAUCCCAUGCCAGUCUCCAGCAGAGCUGCGGACAACCUCCAUUGUGCCCACACUGACCUCAUUGCCCUGUCCAUUGUUACUGUGACUCGCCUUCAUCACAGCACCAGAGGAACCCAUCACCACUGCUGAUCAUUUGCCAUCCUGACCCCUCACUGCCACAAACCUCAUUCUUCCUUCCCCAUCCCCUGAGCUGAUUGAUUCCCUCUGUCCUGUGCCUGCUACCCGCCUUGCCUCCUGCCAUCGUAGAUACAACGCAUACCGCACACCAACGUUUCCACAGUUUCGGACGCAGUAUAUCCGGCGGCGCAGCCAGCUACUGCGGGAGAAUGCCAAGGCUGGGCACCCUCCAGCAUUGCGUCGGCAGUACCUGAGGCUGCGUGGGCAGCUGCUGGGCCAGCGCUACGGGCCCCUCUCCGAGCCAGGCAGUGCUCGUGCCUAUAGCAACAGCAUCGUCCGCAGCAGCCGCACUACCCUUGACCGCAUGGAGGACUUCGAGGAUGAUCCUCGGGCUCUGGGGGCCCGUGGGCACCGCCGUUCUGUCAGCCGCGGCUCCUACCAGCUGCAAGCACAGAUGAACCGUGCUGUCUAUGAGGACAGGCCCCCCGGCAGCGUGGUGCCCACGUCAGCGGCAGAAGCAAGUCGAGCCAUGGCCGGGGACACAUCGCUGAGCGAGAACUAUGCCUUUGCGGGCAUGUACCAUGUUUUUGACCAACACGUGGAUGAGGCAGUCCCACGGGUGCGCUUCGCCAACGACGACCGGCACCGCCUGGCCUGCUGCUCGCUCGAUGGCAGCAUCUCGCUGUGCCAGCUGGUGCCCGCCCCGCCCACCGUGCUCCGCGUGCUGCGGGGCCACACGCGGGGUGUCUCCGACUUCGCCUGGUCCCUCUCCAAUGACAUCCUCGUGUCCACCUCUCUCGAUGCCACCAUGCGCAUCUGGGCCUCUGAGGAUGGCCGCUGCAUCCGGGAGAUCCCUGACCCCGACGGGGCCGAACUGCUCUGCUGCACCUUCCAGCCCGUCAACAACAACCUCACUGUGGUGGGGAACGCCAAGCACAACGUGCACGUCAUGAACAUCUCCACGGGCAAGAAGGUGAAGGGCGGCUCCAGCAAGCUGACAGGCCGCGUCCUCGCUCUGUCCUUUGACGCCCCCGGCCGGCUCCUCUGGGCGGGCGAUGAUCGUGGCAGCAUUUUCUCCUUCCUCUUCGACAUGGCCACAGGGAAGCUGACCAAAGCCAAGCGUCUGGUGGUGCACGAGGGCAGCCCCGUGACCAGCAUCUCCGCCCGCUCCUGGGUCAGCCGCGAGGCCCGGGACCCCUCCCUGCUCAUCAAUGCUUGCCUCAACAAGCUGCUGCUCUACAGGGUGGUGGACAAUGAGGGGACCCUGCAGCUGAAGAGGAGCUUCCCCAUUGAGCAGAGCUCGCACCCCGUACGCAGCAUCUUCUGCCCUCUCAUGUCCUUCCGCCAAGGGGCCUGUGUGGUGACAGGCAGCGAGGACAUGUGCGUGCAUUUCUUUGACGUGGAGCGAGCAGCCAAGGCCGCCGUCAACAAGCUGCAGGGCCACAGCGCGCCCGUGCUGGACGUCAGCUUCAACUGCGACGAGAGCCUGCUGGCCUCCAGUGACGCCAGCGGCAUGGUCAUCGUCUGGAGGCGGGAGCAGAAGUAGGAGAUGUCAGCCCUGCCACUGUCCCACCUUCCCACCGGCCUUCUGCCCCAGUUGUGUUUGUAAAUAAAGUACCCGUGGUCGUGCCGA